UGGGUCUUAUUGGUUUGUGGAGCUUUAACAGCACCGCAGGACAGCUGGCGAUCCCCCGCGUGCGCGAUAAACUCACAGGCGCUGUCUGUGGUGCUGAACCGCGUCCCGGUGGACCGACGCACCUCCCUCCAUCUUUUUUCUCCCCCUCCUCCUCCACCUCCUCAUCCACACAACCUGUUCGCACCUGAGCUCCCCGGUGAUCGAUGAUGAUGGCGCGCAGGAUUUAGACGGACCCCGGGCUGCUUUGCAUCGGAUCAUCAGGAUGAAGGACCUGUAGGAUUAACGGCGGAGUGAGAAAAUGUUCCUGAACGCAUCGUUUGUUACGGAUUUACAGAGAUUACUAAUUCACUGAGCAGCUGCAGCCAGAUGCACACCGUUCAACCUUUCAUCCUUUGCGGAAUUUCAGCGCGUUUUGUGCAAAAAAUGCAUUGUUUAAAUCAAAAUAAUCCGCAAAAAUAGGAGAUUUGCUCGUUUUUGUUUUGUUUCGUGAGAAGAUCAUGGCUCGCCUGCUUGUUUGGGUCAACUCCGUGGUCCUGUUGCUUUUUGGCAGCGACGUGUUCUUGGUGGCAGCGAACCGACCGCCAGCUCCUGUGAACGUGUCCGUCAUGCAUCUUCGUGCUGACUCAGCAACUGUGUCGUGGGAGGUUCCAGAGGGGGAUAUCAUUAUUGGCUUCUCCAUCUCACAACAGAGACAGGAUGGACACAUGCAGCGAUUCAUCCGUGAGGUCAACACCACCAGCCGUUCCUGUGUUCUCUGGGAUCUGGAGGAAGAGACGGACUACAUCAUCCAGGUUCAAUCCAUCGGCCUCUACGGGGAAAGCCAGGCCAGCAAGAAAGUCCAUUUUCGCACGCUGAAGAAAACAGACCGAUUUCCUUCCAACAGCUCCAACCAAGAUGACCCCGCCGUGCUGGGCCUGGAUAAGUCCAGGCACCUUCAAACAGGGGAGAUGAUCAUAAUCGUGGUGGUCUUGGUCAUGUGGGCAGCCGUUAUUGCCCUGUUCUGUCGGCAAUAUGACAUUAUUAAGGACAACGACUCCAGCAACAAUAAGGAGAAGGUCAAGCCGUUGUCAGAGAGGAGCACGCCGGAGCACCACAGUGGAGGACUGCUACGGAGCAAGUUUCACCCCUCUGUGCCGUCCAUAAACAUCAUCGAAGUCUGAGAAGAAGAAGAAGAAGAAGAAGACAGCCAAACUCAAGCUCCUCUGUCUCAAAUCCUUAAUGCAUUUUUAUGCCUCUUGCUGAUGAGCGAAACAGGCAGGGAGAAAAUGUGCAUCAUCAGCAAGAAAGAGUUGACAGAAGGCUCAUGUGCAUGAGCAGCUAUAGAGAGAAAAACACACCAACCUAAAAUCCACCCACUCACGCACACUGACACUUCUUACAGUUGCUACGAAAACCUGCUCUUGCUGGUCAGAACCUGACGUAUGCUAACCCGCGGUGCAGCGAACACCGAUGUCUUUGGUGGGUGCUUUACACAUUACUGCAAUACAACCCCCCUAGGUAGACUUUAUCUCUGGGAAGUCUGUGUUUGUGACUUUACAUACGCAGAGACUUUUGAUAUUGGCAUGUGCAAUUAGAUACUCACCCAUUAUAGGCAAUAGUGUUAAAAUGCUGCCUGAUGAUAAUACCAUGAGUAUGCUGUGACUAGAUUGCCAAUAAGGAAAGAAAGGAAGAGUGUUCAAAAUGAUUGCUAUUUCUGAUUAGUAUUGUAUUUGUUCAGUUUUUGUAUUUAAAAAAAAUUCUCUUGUUUCCUAAAUGAAGUUGCAUGCAGGGUGUUUUGUGUGUAGAAUACCAUUUGAUGUGGAUUUGAACUCAGAUCCCCAAAACUGAGAAAUAAACAAAAUGAUAACUAUGAAGCUCUGU